UUUUAAGCCAAUCAUGUUUAUGAUAUGUAAAUACCGACACUAAUUUCACUUCAUGCAAAAAAAAAAAGAAAAAACUAUCUCGACACGCGUAGCAUCCUUCAUCAUUCAACAAUGUACGGUAUUUUAUCAUUCAAAUAUUUUUUUUUUAGCCAGCAUAAAUCAAUCAAUUUGCUAUCGUCUUUCAAACUACUGAUUCUGUUACAAUAAUAGAAAAAGAAAAGGGCACUUAUCUGUUUAUUUAACAAAAAGCAUAAUGGGUGUUGAAACAAGCUUUUUUUUUUUUUGUUUGGUUUUAGUAUUUUGUGACUUGAUUCAUUGCUACUCACACACUUUAUUGCAUCAUAGUUAACUAUUUUUCUUUCUUUUCUCUCUCUCUUUUUUUUUUCACACACUAAAUGAACAAUAAUAACUUUCAGCAGCCUCCCUCUCAAAAUACGAUGAGCAUGCAACACCAGCAGCAAUACAAUGCGAUCCAACAACAGUACACACAAGACCAACCGAGAUUUAGCAUGUCUGACGUCAAGACACCUUAUACAAAUGAUUUCAAAUCCAUCAAUGAUGAUAAUAAAAAUACCGUCUUACCAGACUACAACAAUGUCAAUAGUAGUACGGGUAUCACACCGAGAGAAAAGGAGCAACAACAGAUACGUCAACGACAACAACAACAACAAAAUCAGGAUAUCAGUAAAGGAUAUCCUGGUGUGGUGGGUGGUACACCUGCUGAAGCGCGAGGUGUACAAGGUUAUGAUGCACAAGGAAAUCCCAUCUAUCCUCCAUUUAUUGCUCAAAGACAUCAGAUUGAACAAUCUUUAGGUCCAACCUGUAAAGAUGGAGGAUAUCAUGAUUUACGCAUGUUAUUAACCUCUUCUUCUUUACUUUUUGCAAUCUUAAUUGUUCCUUACUGUUGUGGUUAUCGAGGAAGUCGAGUGUGUACAUGUACCAAGUGUAAACAAAAGUUUCCCAACAUACAGCUUCCCUCGCCGCAAUAACCAAUAAUAAUAAUAAAAAAAGGGGGGCCUCUAAUACAUCAACAAAUGCUUAAAUAA